AUGAUGGAGUAUAAAGACGACGAGACGGAUAAGCUUCUACAAUCGCCGAACGAGAUUGAAAAUGAUCCGAAUACUGCAGAAAAGAAAGACACAGUACAAAGAGGCACGCCAACACAUCCAUUCAAGAAAUGGAUGGACAGUUUUCGAACUCGAAGGCGCGCGCCACCGACGCUUCCCGAACGAUAUGUCGAGGGUUGGUCGGACUCUUCGGCUACUGAGUUUCCAAUACUGAGCACAGUCCCCCGUCGUGGUUCAAUCCAAGACCAGUUUUGGGAAAGAUGCUCGGGGCGCUCAUCACAGCUUGGCACAGUCAAGACGGCCACCAUAAGUAUUGCGAGUCACAGCAUGGCUAGGUCGAGAGGAACUACGCAGAGCGCAACUACUCAAAGUGCUGUCUCGGAAAUGCGGAAUUCAGCCGACAGCUCUCGCCCAAUUUCGAGCAAUUGCAUGGAUGAAGCUGCAGAGCUACGGGCGACCAAGAGACGCCAGAUCUUACGGGAAUUGCUUGCUACCGAAACUGAUUAUGUUCAAGGGAUGAAAGCUCUUGCUGGGGUACUAUCCAUGCUCAACACCAGGCCCCAAAUAUACCACAAUGUCCAGCGAAUGUGUGAGAUCCAUGAGCACUUUCUGAUCCAACUUGAAAAAGUAUCGCCCAUGUCAGCGUCGCCUCACGGAGAUCAAGCUUCCGACCUUGUCUCCCGUGGUCUGUCAAAGCGCAUAGGUACCCUUGAUCUGCCAGGACUAAAGGGACUGCAAUCCAGAUCGCUGAGGACUCGAAGCUUCAAGGCAUCGAUCAAUCAGCACUACAAGUCUCUGAUAGCUGAGUCACUGGAGGGUCUAGAAGUUGCACGCGAAGUGGAGAAGCUGUCCGCAUCAUUCUCUGCUUACGAAGAGUUUUGCUCCAACUAUGAGCUCCUCGCGCAAGAUGUCGCCAUUCUACGCCACUCUAUUCCAAAUUGGUCGGCCUUCGAUCAGGGAAUUGAAGCACUGUCCAAGUCGGUUACCUCUGUGGAGAAGAGUCUCCGGGUUCUCGUUGCUCGUAUCAACUCGGCGACUGGCAACCCAGUCAACAAAGAUCGCAUUCAAAAGACCCUGCUUCUUCAAGAAAAGUUGUACUUCUCGGAAUCGUUUAUGUUGCGGGAUAUAUACAAAGAGCUCGGUCCACUGACACUUUGUGGCGUUCUUCAUAUCACUUACCAGACACCAGAGACCAUUGUCGGAGAGUUCAUGGUUUGCGUCCUUUUCAAUUGCUAUCUCAUUUUUGUCAAAGGUAUCGAGGACUUUCGUCGACUUCAGGUUGUGGCAUGUAUUUACUUGGGAGACUUGCGGAUGGACAGUACACAGAACGGACGAGGGCUCUACUGCUACGGAUGUCCAUUCUCGUGGAAGCUUCUCUUCCAGGACCAAGAAGAUAGCCACGAAUUCGUGCUCAGUGCAUCGUCUGCGACAGAAGAGAAACAGUGGAAAAUGGAGAUAUUGAAAUGUUCUGCAUCAUUGGCGGAGAUGGCCAACCCCGGGCCAGCAAUGGAUCCCAGGAAAUACUCCUUCAUGAAUUUGUUGCUGCUUCCUCUCGAUCGUGUUCGAUUUACAGCGACCUCCCUUCCCAGAAGAUCCUCGAUGGACGCGAUUACAGUGUCGCGCAAAGCCAAUGUUCAACAUGUUAUAAUCAGGAAGACCCAUUGUCCGCACACGUCCGAAGAAGCAGCGAGUCCACAAAGCGGGGAGGGAGAGUUUGAGAGGGCGAAGACACCGGUCACGCGCGGAGCACUGACUCUGAUCGCAAGAAGGGUGGAUCGAAUCCGACUGGAGCGAAUAAUCGCGGAUGUCUACAAUCGAGACGUGCUUCCGAUGCCGGGCAUGGUGCUUGGCCGAGGGGAUCUGUUCCGGCGGGGCUCGAUCAUGCGACGUCUUAGUCUCCACGCUGGUUUCACAAAACGAUCUAGUUCGGUCAAUCUCGAGAAUUCUGGUCUCGUGGUCGCCGAUACCCGAUCUGCGGAGGAACAUAGCGUCGAGGUAAAAUCAAUGAAAGCAGACCAUGAAGGGUUCACCAAUCAGCAAGACUCAAGGGACCCAGACUGCGAGCCUCCCAGGUCGCCAGCCACCCCAUUGGGACGCUCAAGGACUAUUCGCUUCCGAACAUCCAGGAAGUCUGCCGGGUCUGCCUCUUCGCCGCGCAGCGAGAAGUAUUCAAGCGAGGAAAGCAACUGUGAGACUCCUCCAUCACGAAAGAAGUGGGCGUCAACGAUCUCCCUCUUCAAUGUGCUUUCCCCGAAACAUCUCAAGCGUUGA